AUAGUUCGGGGUUGCCCACCUGUCAUGCUGGAUGCUUGUCACAAGGCGGCGAUGUUCUUCCAGAAUCACAGAGGCAGAAGAUGGGUGGCACUUCAGCCCCGAAUAAGAGUCUCCAGCGGCGGUCCAAAAAUCAGGAAAACGGCUGGAUUGUCUUUGGCCUGUGCAAGUUUGUAUUCCAAAAAUUAGCCGAUGCACUCAUGCAUGUUGUUGUCAUCAAAACACGGGAAGUACCGGUCGUUAACGUUUAACCUGACCCGUGCCAACUCUGCUUCGUGGCCGUUUCAAAACAGUCCUGGUGGUGACCAGCAAUCCGGCCAGAAGGUCUCCACACAUCUUGGCUGGAUAUUUGCCCCACCCCCCACCCCCACCCUUCUCUGCAUCCGUUUUGGACACUUCAUCACAGUGGGAACUGUCUCAAGUUUCAUUUUCACUUUCAUGGAUUAUGCCUUAAUAUUCAGAUCUGCAUACAAUUCCUCUGCAAUGGAUCCAGCACAAGUGGAUUAUGACGGGAUGGACGAAUAUAUCCUAUGGCAAAUGCUAGACAUGAGGAGUGGAUACACAAUAUGUAAAACAAUACAGGCUGCGGUCUCCUUCUGAUCUGAGACCAGCAGAUGAGGUCAGCUAAGCUCAUCACAAUGGUGACCUUCUCUGAGACGACACAGGUCUCCCCCAUGGAGCUGCGUGAGCCGUCCUGCCUGACCCCGACCCUGUCCCCUGGGCUGCGGCGGAAAAAGAGGCUCUGGCAGAACGCUGUCAAACACAUCAUUAUCCAGCAGGAGCUCAGUGUUAAGGUGGGUUUGGAGCCAGCAAGUAAAAUCUUUGUGACGGAUACCUACAUGGAGGAGAUCAACAGACAAAUCCGCAACAAGGCCUCCCGAGGGGUCACAAAGCGCCGCUCCUCCUCAUUGAAAGUGGACCCUUCCCAGCCCCGAGGCUCCACCAGCACAUGCAACAGUGUCAGGGCUUAUUUUAAUGAAUACAGCAGCGAUGCCGACUUCUUCGUGCACUGGGGCCACACUAUUCGUGGAGUCUACAUACCCAGCCUGAGGCACACCUUUAAGUCUCGCGAAUUGGAGAAACUCUACCAGCAACACUACUCCUGCCAAAGACGCAACUCUCUAGCCAUUACUAAUGUAAUCGAUGCCAUGGCCAAGUUACACAUAUUGAUUAUGUACCUUGCAAUGGUCCCUGAGGCGGUCACAGACACUCUGCGAGGCUGCCUGACGGGCGUUUUCAUGGUGCUAGCUGUAGCGCUGAGCAUCGUGGUGUUAACCUGCAAAGACUCCAUGUCCCCGCGUUGGCUUCACUACGCCGGCCUCACUUGCUGGUUGUCGCAGACCACGCAGGUGCUGGGAGGACUGGUGUAUGGACUGGAGAAGGACCCAACGUGGUAUGUCUUGUUCACAUUGUUCGCGACAUACACACUGCUGCCAUUACCUCUGCUGUGGGCCAUGUGCGCCGGCUCCCUCACCUCAGUACUGCACCUGCUGGUGGAGAUACUGCGCUACUACAAUGAUACCGCGCUUUUGAGAAAGGUGUUUGCCAAAGGCCUGCUGUACCUAGGAAUGAACACAGCCGGCUUGUUCAUCCACUACCUGACAGACCACGCCCAGAGACAAGUGUUCCUGGAGACGCGGCGGUGCAUUGAGGGUCACCUCAAACUCGAGCAAGAAAACCAGAGACAGGAGCGCCUGGUGCUGUCGAUCCUGCCUCGUUUUGUUGCGUUGGAGAUGAUCGGUGACAUGAGCUCUUUGGAAGAUGAAGUCAACCCUCAGGAGUUUCACAAGAUCUACAUCCACCAGUACAAAGACGUGAGCAUUCUUUUUGCAGAUAUCAAAGGCUUCACCUUGUUGUCCAUGAACCUGUCGGCCCAGGAUCUGGUCCGGACCCUCAACGAGCUCUUUGGACGCUUUGACCGACUGGCAGAUGAGCACCACUGCCUGCGGAUAAAGAUACUGGGAGACUGUUACUACUGUGUGUCAGGGGUCCCUGAGCCACAGCGGGCCCAUGCCCGUCAUUGUGUUGAGUUGGGCCUGGACAUGAUCAGCACCAUACGGUACGUGCGGAAGCAGCUGAACUUUGACAUGGACAUGAGGAUUGGGAUCCACUCGGGUUCUGUCCUGUGUGGGGUGCUGGGCCUGCAGAAAUGGCAGUUUGACGUCUGGUCCUGGGACGUGGGCAUUGCCAACAUGCUGGAAGCCGGAGGCAUACCAGGACGCAUCCACAUCUCAAGGGCCACUCUGGACAGUCUAGAAGGCACCUACAAGACAGAAGCUGGUCAUGGCCGUGACAGGAACGAGUUCCUGCUCAAACACAACAUCGACACUUUCCUCAUCGUCCCUCAGAAGGAAAAGAAAGAUGUUGGUCGUGCUGAGCCCCCCAAAGUCCAGAAAACCAAUCGAACCUGGAACCCGCAGCUGCACUUUGAAAAAAACGCCAUUGACAUGAACAGUAUCCUGGCCGCCUUUACCAACGGCUCACUGCCCAACAUAUGCCAGUCCACCUCCAAGGAGAUCAACAAACGCAUCAAACACGCUAUCGAGGUUCAAAGCAGUGAGCGCAUGCACAGAGAGCACAUCACUCCUCUGACCCUGGUGUUCAAAGACCCGCACAUCGAGGAAAAGUUCUCCCAGAUGAGGGAUGAAAUGUUCAACUCCAACCUGGUCUGCUCCUUCAUCAUGCUCCUCUUUCUCAUGGCCGUCCAGGCCCUCAUUCCUGCGCCCAGGCUGUUCCCGGCCGUCCUCCAGUUUUCAGUCUUCCUGCUCAUCUACAUGCUGCUGCUGUUGUUGGCCCUGGCGGAAGAGUUCAGGUGCACUCCUUCACCUCUGCAGCAGUUAUGCUGCUGGAUCCAUGAAAACAACAGUGCCCGCAACAUCCUCACCCUUACUGCCAUCGUCAUCAACUUUGGCUUGGUCUCUACUGACAUGAUAUGGUGCAUUCUCGCAGACACAGGGGAGGCUGAUGUAAUGGACAGAACCAACACAGCCUCACGUCCACUCACCAUCUGCACUUACCCCGAGGUCUUUAUAUUGAGCGGCGUAAUUGCCAUGGUGACUUGUGCCGUGUUCCUGCGUCUGAACUCUCUGCUGAAGCUGGCGGUGUUGCUGCUGGCGAUGGCCGUCUACUCCUACCUCAUCCACCUGGCCUUCCUCACACUCACACGCCAUGAUACACCGCACAGAUCUCACUAUGUCAGGAUCAAAGGAAUCUCCAUCCUUCUCAUGGCCAUGUUUAUUGUUGCCGUCUUCUACAAUGGGCGGCAGUGGGAGGCCACUGCCAGACUGGACUUCCUGUGGCGUCUACAGGCCCAACAGGAAGUGGAGGACAUGAGGGAAUUGCGGGAACACAACGAGUGUCUAUUACACAACAUCCUGCCGGUGCAUGUGGCGCGUCAUUUUCUGGACCGCAGCAAGAAUGAUGAGGAGCUUUACGCCCAGUCGUACAAUGAAGUUGGUGUGAUGUUUGCCUCCGUCGCUGGAUUCAACGAGUACUUUGAGCAGAAAGAGAUCAAACAUGAAGGAGUGGACUGCCUCCGACUUCUGAAUGAGAUCAUUGCUUGCUUUGAUGAGUUGUUGGAGGAGUCGUACUUCGACUAUGUGGAGAAGAUCAAGACCAUUGGGAGCUGCUACAUGGCAGCCUCGGGCUUAGCUCCCGAGAGACAGGCAUCCAUGCAUGAAUGGAAUCACCUGAGCGAGCUGGUUUUGUUUGCACUGGCAAUGCAAGAGACCUUGAAAGAGAUUAACAGCCUAUCUGCCAACAACUUCCUGUUGCGUGUUGGCAUUGCCCACGGGCCGGUGGUCGCAGGGGUGAUCGGUGCCACCAAGCCGCAGUAUGACAUCUGGGGGUCGACGGUGAACCUGGCCAGCCGCAUGGACAGCACAGGUGUGAGCGGACGUAUCCAGGUACCUGAGGCCACGCGCAGGAUCCUGGCACAAUGGGGUUUUGUCCUGGAGCUGCGUGGAGAAAUCUUUGUCAAGGGGGUCAGCGAGUGUCAGGGGAAAGUCCGCACCUACUUCAUCGGCACCACGCGCAGCAAGAGGGCCAAUUUUGGGACGGAUGGUCGCCUGGGGGUGCGGACGGGAGGACGCAUGACGCUUGCAGAGGUGGUGUUUGGUCUCGUCCAGGCCAGACACAAGGAAAAGAUUAGAGAGACCAAUGGGGCGUUUGGUCUGUCUCCCUCUAGACUUAAAUGCUGAGGGGACUUUUAAGGUCAGAUGGCUGCAGGUGAAGGAGGACACGGCCCAGCCAUAUUGCUUCUACUGGUUUACAGUUUUUGUUGCGUGUGUUUCUUACUUUGCCUUGCCAUAACUAAAUUAGCUGCACAAACUGGAGAAAAGGGUGCGACUGCUAGGAUCCAAAUCCUACCAGAGCCUUUGUUCCUGUUUACUCGAUGACUGUGUCCUCCUCUGCUUUCCUGUCAUCUAUAAAAUAAAUGUUUUGGGGAACACUACCUAAAUUUAGAAUUCCAAUAUGUUAUUUCCAUGGCCUAUAAGUUAAAUCAGUAUUUGUGAACAUGAGCUACUCUCUCUCUCUCUCUCAUAGCUAAAAACCAGAGAAGUCUCGAACUUACAGCUCCAGACUUUGUACUUGAAGACAUCACACAUUGGAGUUUUAGCACUUGAUUUGGGAGAGUUUUUCAUAUUUACUCAUAUUUCUUUGACCAAAGGAACAACAUGUAUGAAUUUUGAGAAUGGCUGUAGAUCCCCUUUAAGGGACGAAUAGGGGAACUAAUAAAUGGACAAAUUUCUCUUGCUUAGAAGGGACCUAACUGUCCCACUGGCUUCGAAUAAGCAUCUUAAGGGCACUGCUUUCUGUUUUUUAUUGCCAUAUCUUCACCUUAUAAACGGUGUAAAGCAUGUUAGGUUCAUUUUGUACAAAACUAAAGACGGCCAACGUGUCUAUAUUUUUUUGCUGGAAUCACACUUCAGACCUCUAAGCCAAAAUACCUCAAAACAGCCAGCUCAACCUCUCAUAGACUUUCUACUGGCCUAUAGUGCUGACUAGUGUUUUUUUUUUUACUGUAUCAUCAUGCACCAUUCUCACAAUGUUCACUAUGUUUUGUAUUGUGAGUUGACACAUUUAUUAAGAUAAUGUUAGCCAAGAUUUUCAAAGAUAUGUUUUAUGGAUCGAUUGCUGUUUGCUUUCAUAUCGUGCUGUAAAUAUGUUUGAUCCGUGUGCACCUCACUGUAGAGGUAUUUCUUGUCAGCUUGCAUGUCAAUGUCAGUGUCGCUCUGGAUUUCUGAGACUUUAGUUAAUGACAUAGGACAAGGGGAUUCAGUUUUGCCUCAGUACACUAUUACUCUCACUUCCGUUACUUGACUCGAGAUGUAUUUCUAACGUGAAGUUUCACUGCCACGUUUCUGUAACGUGCCAGUGAAACUCCACAAAGAGGUCAGUGUUGAACCAACUUUAAUGCCAAAACCACCUCCCAUGUCACUCCUCUUCACUUAUCUGCUUAUCCACUGCAAAUUAUCAUGUAUAUUUAAUGUCGUAAGUGAUGGAUGACAAGCUCAUCCGUGGGACUUCCUGGGGAAUUCUUCAAGUAAGUUGGUAUAUGAACACCUUUUUAAAAAACAGAGAAACUCAGGAAGUAUUCAUUAAUAUUUAGAUUUAUCCAUGAUCAAAAUGUUUACCCAAAAACAGACUUGGCUGGGAAUUUAAAAUAAAGCUGUGGUUUCUAAAAGUUUGGCAUUCUGGGAAUGUAAUGUGCAGCACCAAAAUGGUGACAUUGUGAGAUUAAUAAGAUAUAAUACGUUUUUUAAGAUAAGAACAGAUACUCCACUUGAUCUUAGCCAAAAGGCCGUGAAGUGAGGUGUUUAGACUGACAGUUUUGAAAACCUGCUUCUUUGCACAGCUCCUCUAUGUGAGCGGUCUGAAAGUUGAAGAAACAGUUUUCGGGACAGUCGGAGAAAUGAGAGUUAAACACGACAGUUGAGGAAAAUAUCACAGAAGUACUACAAAGAAUUUUUAUUUAAAGAAGCAAAUGGAACAAAUGUGGUUAGUCGACGCUUCCUGCAUCGUGCCUUAAAAGCCAAUAAGAAUUAAAAUAAUGAGAAACCCAGUUAUAACAAU